AGAGAACGUGUAUGAGUUCGUGGAAAGGCUAUUUAAGGGCAGUCCUUGCAAUUCACAGUGCUCUGACUGAAGUCUCUCAUAUUAGAGAGGUGUAGUGCUUUCAUCCUCUCUCUCCUUCUCGCUCAGAGGCUCGGUGGGCAGAAGGGUGUGUGGAAUACAUCACCGACGCUCUCAGAUCUUCCAGCACGUGGAGACAGACGGAAGCUGGAGGUCUGGAACGCUGGAUUCACGUCUUCUGCACCUGAUUUGCUCAGUGGAAGCUUGAUUCAUCACCACAGAGACAGCGCCACUUUGUCCAGACUCACCAGGCAGGCUUUCUUGCCAAGACAAGCAUCCAUUAGUGCAGAAACAUGUGGUCAGGACACCUGACUGUCAGCUGUUUGGUUUUGGCCACCCUGAUGACUCUAAAUCAAGCCGGCCUUGUAAAGAAGAUGAUCAGGCACCGACGGGAAGCUCUGACAAUUCCCGGCAUACACAACGUUACCCUUCCAAAUUCUUCCCGACCGGUAGUUUUCAACCAUGUUUACAACAUCAAAGUUCCGGGCAGCUCUCUGUGCUCAGAGGAUCUGGAGUCUUCUGGUGGUUCAGUUCUUGAGGAGAAGGCUGCACCAUCUGUCUCAAAAAUAACAGACCACACAUUGGACAGCAGUAAUCAGAUCGUCUUCACUCAUCGCAUCAACAUUCCCAAGCAGGCCUGUGCCUGUACAGAUGGACUGUCGGAUCUGAAGGAGCUGCUGAAUCGAUUGGAGACGUUGGAGAGCGAGUUGUCCACACUCAGACAGCAAUGCAGCACAGAAUCCACCUGCUGCAGCGCACAGGUCACAGGUGUUGUAGGAACGAAGCCGUACUGCAGCGGCCAUGGAAACUACAGCACGGAAACCUGCGGCUGUAUUUGUGACCCCGGAUGGAAGGGCCCCAACUGUACCCUUCCCGACUGUCCCGGGGACUGCAGCGACCAGGGCCGCUGCGUUAACGGAAAGUGCGAGUGUUUUGAAGGCUUCACGGGUGAGGACUGCAGCUUGAAAACCUGUCUGGUUGACUGCGGUGAGAACGGCCGUUGCGUUGAUGGAGUGUGUGUUUGCAAUGAAGGCUUCUCUGGGGAAGAUUGCAUGGAGUCGGAUUGCCCUAACAAUUGUUUGGGACGCGGCCGCUGCGUUGAUAGUGAGUGCGUCUGCGUCGAACCCUGGACUGGCUUCGACUGCUCCGAGCUAAUCUGCCCGAAUGAUUGCUACGACCGCGGACGAUGCGACAAUGGGACCUGUUACUGUGACAUAGGCUUCACCGGAGAGGACUGCGGGGCGCUCGUUUGUCUGAACGACUGCUCAGGACGAGGUUUCUGCAUUGAUGGCCGCUGCGUAUGCAACGCCGGCUACUCUGGCGAGGACUGUUCCAGCUUGACCUGUCCGAACGACUGCAACGAAAGGGGACGCUGCUUUAAUGGAGUGUGCAUUUGCGACAUGGGCUUCCACGGAGAGGACUGCGGGAAGCUCUCGUGCCCGAACAACUGUAACGACCGAGGUCGCUGCAUUGACGGCCGUUGCGAAUGCGACGUCGGCUUCCAAGGCCACGAUUGCUCAGAGCUCAGAUGCCCCAAUAAUUGCAAUAAUCGGGGGCGUUGUGUUAACGGGCAGUGCGUUUGCGAAGAGGGUUUCAGCGGCGAGGACUGCAGCAUCAAAACCUGCCCAUCGGACUGUUACGGCCGAGGUCAGUGCGUGGACGGGAAGUGCAUUUGUUUUGCAGACUUCACCGGCGAAGACUGCAGUGAAUUGAGCUGCCCGAACAACUGCCUGAACCGCGGACGCUGCGUCGCAGGGCAGUGCGUUUGCGACGAAGGCUUCACCGGAGAGGACUGCAGUCAGAAGAAGUGUCCCAAUGACUGUCUCGGCCGAGGACGCUGCGUGGAGGGCCAGUGUGUUUGCCAGGAGGGUUUUGAAGGCCAGGACUGCUCCGUUCCCACCUGCCCAGGAAACUGCAACAACCACGGGCGCUGCAUCAACGGAAAAUGUGUGUGCGAUGAGGGAUUCGUUGGAGAUGCCUGUAGAGAAAGAAGCUGUCCGAACGAAUGCAAUGGAGCAGGCCAGUGUGUGGACGGCGGCUGCGUUUGUGAUGAAGGCUACAUUGGCGAGGAUUGCUCAGAAGUCUCACCACCGGAAGACCUGACCGUCACAGAUGUGACCACGGAGAAGGUGAACCUCACAUGGAAGAAUGAGAUGCUGGUGACGGAGUUUUUAGUCACGUACAUCCCGACGUCACCAGGCGGCCUGCAGUUAGACUUCCGAGUGCCUGGAGAUCGGACGUCUGCUACCGUCUCUGAGCUGGAGCCUGGAAUCGAGUACCUGAUCAAUGUUUAUGCCGUCCUCAACAACAAGAGGAGCGUUCCAGUCAGUGCCAGAGUGGCCACAUAUCUACCACAGCCUGAGGGCCUGAAGUUUAAAUCCAUCACUGAUACGUCUGUGGAGGUUUUGUGGGACCAGCUGAACUUUUCAUUCGACGGCUGGGAGCUCAUCUUUCGUAACACGAAGGAAGAAAACGGGAAGAUCGUGAACAAUCUGACACCUUCCGAGACCAUCUUUGAGCAACCAGGACUCGGGCCGGGACAGGAAUAUGAAGUCACUUUGUCCGUCAUAAAGAACAACACCAGAGGACCCGAAACAAGCUCGACUGUAGUUACAAGAAUCGAUUCUCCAGGACAGAUUGAUGUUAGCGAUGUGACAGACAGGUCAGCAGUGAUCUCCUGGUCCAGGCCCGUGGCUCAGGUGGAUGGGUUCAGGGUGUCAUAUGGGCCAAGCACAGACCCGUUAGUCCAUCGUGAUGUCGACCUCUCGGCCAAAGACACGCAGUACAGCCUGGAAGACCUGAAACCUGACACUGAAUACAGAGUGUCUCUCAGUUCUAGAAGGGGAGAUGUGACCAGCGAGCCCAUCUUUAAAAGCUUCACCACAGGCCUGGAUGCCCCCAGUGACCUUAAAGUUGUUGAUCAGACUGACAACAGCAUCACAGUGGAAUGGAAAAACAGCCGCUCAUCCAUCGACGAAUACCGUAUCAAAUACGGCCCAAUCGCAGGAGGUGCUCAUGGUGAAGACAUGUUCCCUAGAAGAGCAGGAGACAAGACAUGGGCCACAAUUACAGGGUAAAAACAAUACUGCUGCCUGAAGCCUGGAACGGAGUACGGCAUUGGAGUCACAGCCGUUCAGAAUGAAAGAGAGAGUGAGCCGGCCACCACCAAUGCACUGACAGAUCUGGAUCCACCACGAGACCUGGAAGUGCGAGACUCCACUGAAACCACGCUGGAACUGGUCUGGAAGAGGCCCAGGGCCAAGAUCUCCACCUACAGGCUAGAGUUUGUCUCUGCCGAUGGCCGACGGGAGGAAAUCGAGCUGCCUGCUACUGCAACCACCUACACUCUGAACGGCUUGACUCCUGGCAUGCUCUACACCGUCACCCUCGUGGUAGAACGUGGACGGAGGAGAAGUGCUCCAGCCACUGUAACUGCAUCCACAGCAUCUUUCACUUUUUAUCUAGCAAACACAUUUCCCGAGCUCGGUUCAGCCAAAGGCACCGACGACAAUGUCAUUAGCUUUGUGCCUCUCGACAACUCAGAGAGCCCGUUCUCUGGGAGCGGAUACGAGGAUUCGACCGGCACCUUGACCGUGUCUAAUGUCACAUCCGAUGGAUUUGAUCUUACGUGGGAGUCAAAUAUACACAUUGGCUAUGAUAGUUACACUGUAGAACUUAAAGAUUUCUCAGGGAAAUGGAACAAAGAGGUUCAUCUCCAUGGGGAGGUGAAUGGCACUAAAAUCCGUGGUCUAAGGGCUUCCACUGAAUACCAAGUAAGGCUUUAUGGAAUAUCCGAUAACCAAAGAUCUUCACUACUAGAAGCAGUUGCAGUUACAGCACCAAAGUCUACCUCUCCUGAUGUUGUUGCUUUGACCGUCAAAACUGUUUCGACAAUGCUACCAAGCCUCUAUAAGGAGGUUCAGCCAUCAGUCUCUACCUCCACUUUUUUAACAGAAGAUUUUAAAGCUGAAGCCUCAGGUGAUGAAUUUGAGCGCCCAAGUCAAGGGCCUCCAAGUGAACUAAAAGUCACAAAUGUAAGCAGAAAUAGUUUGAGGCUAUCAUGGUCAGCUCCAGAUGGAGCCUUCGAUAGCUUCAUCGUUAAGCUGAACUCAUCGUCGAAUAAGUCUAAAGACCACAUUAUUGACGUAUCUGGAGAAGCCAGGCAGGUCCAUGUAGAUGGGCUGACCGCUGACAUGCAUUAUGAGAUUACUUUGUAUGGAAUGAAGGAGAGCAAAAAAUCUCAACCAGUCAAUGUUCACGUCAAGACAGAGGAGCAGAAGCCGCAGAUUGGCAGUCUGAGUGUGUCUGAUGUAUCUUGGGAUAGUUUCAAUGUGUCCUGGACCGUUGAGGAUGGCCCUGCCUUUGACAGUUUUGUGAUUGAAGUUGCAAAUUCAGCAGGUGGUCCUGAAAGACAGAACCUUUCGGUAUCUGGUGAUGCACGUAGUUUAUGGAUGUCUGGGCUGAGCCCUGACACGUCCUAUACAAUUACACUAUACGGAGUGCAUCAGGGCUCGAUCCUGGGGUCGAUCUACAUUGAAGAAGCUACAGAUAGCGCUCCAGUGGUUGGCAAUCUGUAUGUGUCUAAUAUUACAUCAGAGAGCUUCUCCAUUUCAUGGAAUGACACGAGAGGAGAUAUUGAGGGGUUUAUCCUGGAGAUUAUAGACUCUAGCUGGCAGCGGGAGCCAGUUGAAUAUAACCUAUCACACAGUACACAGUCAUAUGAAAUCACUGGGCUACGGCCGACUACUGACUAUAUAGCUUACCUCACUGGAGUAAUAAAGGGAAGGAGAACAGACUCCGUCAGUGCUGUCGCCUCCACAGCGGCCGAGCCUGACUUGUCUGGGCUAGUUGUUUCAAACAUUACCUCAGACACAGUGUCGCUCUCCUGGCGGACGGGAGAGAAGGCGUUUGAUAAUUUUAUAGUCGAGGUGAGAGAGUCUGCUUUGCCCACGCAGGCGACGGGGCGCACCUUGCCCGCAGGUGCCCGCUCCACGGUGCUGACCGGCCUCAGAGGAGACACGCGAUAUCAAAUCAAGCUGUAUGCCACCUUCGGUGGCGCCAACACAGCUGCCCUGACAACUGUAGUAACCACAGAGCCUAAGCCUAAAUUGGGCCCCAUUGUGGUGUCUGAAACACUGCCGAGUAGCUUGACGCUGUCCUGGAGCACAUUGUCAGGCCACUUUGAUGGCUUUGCUGCUCGUAUCACUGACCGUGAGCAGCUGUAUGAUGUUGUAGAGCUCAGGCUAUCAGGCACAGAGAGGAAUGUUACCGUGAUGGGUCUUAUGGACUCUACGGUCUAUGACAUAGUGUUUUAUGGUCUGUCUCGUGGCCGUCAAACUCCAUCAGUUUACUUCAAUACCAGUACAGCGUCAUUACCUAAAGUGGAAAACCUCACCAUUUCGGAUAUUACCCCAUACGGAUUUCGGGUGUCCUGGGAAGCAGAUUCCUCUGAGGGCUUCAGCCAUUUUCAGGUAAAGGUGUCGGACUCUGGCCAGCUGCUGGAGCCACAAGAGUUCGUAGUGCCAGGAAACCAGACCUUACUGGAUGUUUUGGGCCUGAUUACUGGCAUUGGCUAUGAGGUCAGUGUGACCGGGGUGUCAGGGAAUGGGUUACAGUCUCGUCCAAUCACCACAGUGGCUGUUACAGAGGCAGAACCAGAGAUUGAGCACCUUUUCGUGUCGGAUGUCACCCCUGAGAGUUUCCGGCUGGCCUGGACUGCAGAAGACGACGUUUUUGAUCGAUUUGUGGUCAAAGUAAGAGAUUCGAGAAAGCUCUCCCACCCUCGAGAGUUUGUUGUGCCAGGUGAUGAAAGAACCAAAGUGUUAACACAGCUUUUGGGGGGAACUGAAUAUGAAAUUGAGCUUUACGGUGUCACGUUGGAACAUCGCUCCCAACCCGUUACUGCUGUUGCGAGAACAGGCCUUGGAGCUCCACGCGAACUUCGUUUCUCUGACAUCACGGAUACAUCAGCUGUGGUUUACUGGAGUGUACCGCGUGCCCAACCGGACUCCUACAGAAUCACAUACUUCCCAGUCCAAGGAGGUACUCCCAUGAUCGUGACGGUGGACGGGUCACAAUCUCAGGUUUCGCUAACAAAUCUGAUUCCUGGAGAGAUGUAUCAGGUGUCAGUUAUUGCAUUGAAAGGUCUGGAGGAGAGCGAACCAGUGUCCGACACACUUACUACAGCCCUGGAUACGCCACGCAGCCUGACUGCUGUCAAUGUCACUGACACGAAGGCGCUGUUGCUGUGGCAACCUGCAGUUGCGACUGUGGAUGGAUAUGUCAUCACAUACAGCGCAGACACUGUGCCACCGAUAUCAGAGCAGGUUUCUGGCAACACUGUAGAGUAUGAGAUGAGUUCACUGGCUCCAGCAACUCAAUACACAGUCAAUGUUUAUGCCAUAAGAAACCGACAGAAAAGUGUUCCAGCGACCACAGACUUCACAACAGAUGCGGAUGCUCCGCGUGAUCUGGUUGCCAGUAAUAUUCAGACAGAAAGCGCUGUUCUCACCUGGAAGCCGCCCCGGGCAGCCAUCACCGGCUAUAUACUGACCUUUGAAGCAUCUGACGGGGAUGUCAGGGAAUUGAAUCUAGACCCAUCUGUCACCUCACACACUCUAUCUGAUCUGAGAAGCACCACAGAAUACACUGUCAGACUGCAGGCCGUCUCUGAGGACAAGAGGAGCAAGAGUAUCAGCACCGUCUUCACCACUGUUGGCAUGGCCUACAGCAACGCCAAGGACUGCUCAGAAGCUCUGCUGAACGGAGAGACGUCAUCCGGUCCGUACACCAUUUACAUAGCCGGAGAUCCGAAACAGCCGGUCCAGGUCUACUGCGACAUGACCACUGACGGUGGAGGCUGGAUGGUGUUCCUACGGCGUCAGAGCGGCAAGGUCGAUUUCAACAGGAACUGGAAGAACUACACUCUAGGAUUCGGUGACAUGAACGAUGAGUUUUGGCUCGGACUGAUGAAUCUUCACAAAAUCACAGCAGCUGGUCAGUAUGAGAUACGUGUGGACCUGCGUGAUGGACAAGAGAGUGUGUUUGCUGUGUAUGAUAAAUUUUCCAUCGGAGACCCUCGUUCUCGCUACAAAAUCCAGAUUGGUACAUACAGUGGUACUGCAGGCGAUUCCUUGUCGUAUCACCAGAACAGACCUUUCUCCACUUAUGACGGUGACAAUGACAUUGCCGUCACCAACUGUGCCCUCUCCUACAAGGGAGCGUUCUGGUAUAAAAACUGCCAUCGAGUGAAUCUGAUGGGGAAAUAUGGAGACAGCAGUCACAGCAAAGGCAUCAAUUGGUUCCACUGGAAAGGCCACGAGCAUUCGAUUCCAUUUGCGGAGAUGAAGAUCCGGCCAGUAAAUUUCAGAAACUUGGAAAGCAGACGGAAAAGAUCAUAGACUUCAAAUGUCCCUCUUUCUCUUUUCUCCAAAAACCCACAUGGUCAAAAGCAUGACACAACUAAAACUCCUAAGUGAAAAUCUUCUAGUGAUACAAACUUUGUCUUUCACCUCAACGUUAUUGGAUGCCACAGAAUACUGUUUCGUCAAUCCUUUUUAUAUGUUAUAAAAGGCUGCAUGAUUAGCAGAGAGUUUUACAUAAACUUGACAGAUGAAAUGUGAUAUUUGAAAGUGACACCCAUCUUCCUAUAACAAAUCUAAAACAGAUCUAUGAGAAUACCACUAUAAGAAUGAGUCUCAACUAUUACAAUUAUUAACGGAGUUAGAUUAGCUUUAUUAGCUCAGUUUUCGAGACUGAAUCAUUACCACACUCAGGUCUGACAGCCAGGAUGGUGCAAAUAAGUGUUUUCAAAACUAAAAAAAGUAAGCAAAUUUCAGUGUGAUUAUUUUCUGAAAAGUUUGUAUGACAAGCCAGUUUACCUAUUGAUUUAUUAUUGAUCAUUUGUUUUGUUUUAAAUUUAUUUGUAUUGUUUUUUUUCCCCCAUAGAGUCCUAAAUGUCUAUAAUCCCUCAAUGCAGAAGUGUCGAUUAAACUGUAUCUCUUCUCCUUGAAUGUCUAAAAUUGGUCUUCAACAAAAUAGGAAAUAAAAAUAUAAUUUGUAAUGUUGGAAUUGA